AUGGAAGGCAUCAAAGGGAGUCACUACCUGCAGGCCGUGGAGGAGUUGAAAGCAGUGACAGCAUCGACACUAGCAGCAAAACCAUGGGACCAACAGCGAAAGUCGCUGCACGACCAGCUCGGAGUCGCAAAGAAGAAGCUGCUCAAUGCCCAACAGACUUGUGACAAAACGUGUGAGGCCAUGGUCACCUUGGUCAAUGACUAUACCAACCAGUGCAAACUCGUCGCCGACCUGUCAGCGGAGACGCAGCAGUUAGAGACCCAGCACAAGAUGGCAGUGGAGCAGGCGUUGAAGGAGCACGUCAGCACCUCGGCCCCCUCGCUGGAGACGUACAUCAUCAGCCAGUUCCCACCUGGGCUCGCGCCGUCCGCGGGGGUGAAGCAGGCCGUCGUUCAGUUGUCGGCACAGCUACAUGACGAGUGGCAGGCAGCCCAGGCAACCCAGGCCAGCUCCCAGCAGGCCCAGACGGCGACCCAGGGGGCGGCGGACUCCCAGACGGGUACCGAGGAGGGGGCCGCAGUCCCAAUCGCAGCCGAUGCCGACCCGAGGGCGCCGUCGCAGGCUACCGCCACCCCACCAGGAGAUGUCAGCCCUGAGCUGGCAGCCCGCCUGGGCGUCGAGGCCGAGGCCAUGCAGCUGGACCAUGACGAGGCUGACAAGAGGAGCCAGGGCAUGGGGCGCGUAGGCGAGGCGAUCGACCAGGUUCUGAACAUCAACGGCCAGAACUCGGCGCUCACGCCCCAGCAGCAGAUGGCCAACGCGGCGCUCCAGUCCAGCGCGAAGGCGCCCUGCCUGGCCAACAAGGGCAAGGGCGGCAAAGGGGCGGACAGGGCGCCGUGUGGGUAA